AUGAAGACCGGCCUCGCAAAAGCCACUCUCGGCAACACCACCCUCGCUGAAACCGCCUCGUGGCAUGAAGUCGAAGGGAAUGUCUACUUUCCUCCCGAGAGCAUCAAAAAGGAUCUCUUCGAGCCAACUGACCUGAAGACGAUUUGUAGUUGGAAGGGUGAGGCGAGCUAUUAUACCGUCAAGGAUGGAGAUACUGUCCUGAAUAAUGCUGCGUGGUAUUAUCCUAACCCCAAGGAUGCGGCCAAGGAGAUCAAGGACCAUGUCGCUUUCUAUAAGAAUAAGGUCACAAUUACAACCGAGUGA